AUGGAACCUACAGAGGUUGAUAGAUUAAUUACACCAGAAGCAAACACUGGAAGAGACCCUCUUACUGAAAGACCUAUAAUGUCAACUACAACUGAGGAAAAUGAUGAAGACAUUGAACGCAUACCAGAGAGGCACCUCAAGACAUACAGAAUACACUUACUUGAUAGACUUAUUAAAUUGGGGGUUUUGGGUUUAUUAAUUGUUUGGGGAUUUGUUGUUUUAAUUAAAUUGGUUCCAGCAAAACUUACUACCCCUAAGGACACUGACGUAUACCACUCCAAUGAUACUUUUAGAUUACCUGACCCAUAUAUGACUGAAGAGGGAUUAUUAAAAGUUUCAUUUAAUUAUACUAGAAACGAAAGUUUUGUACCUCAAAUUCACACUUUACAGUGGUUAAGGAACAAUGCUUUGGAAGAUACAAAUAAUGAUAAAGGAUUAUACUUUACAUCUAUAAAUAAUACAUAUCAAAUAAGAUCGGUUAUUGAUGCCAGUUAUUCCAGGAUUCUUUUUGAGGGUCAAAAUAUAACAUAUGGAAACCGUAAUUUUACUGUAGAGACAAUAACAGCUUCCCCAGACUUAAGUAAACUGUUAAUUAAAACAAAUUGUAUUCAGAAUUGGAGACAUUCGAGCUUUUCAACAUAUUUUGUUUUCAUUGAAGAAGAUUUUUCAAUCCAACAUAUUGGAGAUUCAAUUGCAUUGACUCAAUGGUCACCAAAUUCUAUUGAGUUGGCUUACGUACAAGACAACAAUAUCUAUUUGUAUUCCACUAAAACGAAACAAACCAUUACUCAGAUUACAAAUGAUGGAAAUCACCAGAUAUUUAAUGGUAGGCCAGACUGGGUUUAUGAAGAAGAGAUCUUCGAAACUGACAGAACACUAUGGUGGUCACCAAACGGUAAAUAUCUUGCCUUUUUAAAAAUUGAUGAAACAGAGGUAGAAGAAUAUAUUAUACCAUAUUUUGUUCACAACAAGGUAGGUCAAUACCCAGAGAUGAAAAGUAUUAGAUAUCCAAAGAGCGGUACCCCAAAUCCAAAAGUAGAAUUACUGGUUUAUGAUACUGAGAAUGAUUCUAUAUAUAGAAGUUUCGUUAAUCAUGGCAAGUUUCAUGAUUCUAUCCUAAUCACAGAAGUAAAGUGGAUGGGUAAUAAUAACUUGAUUGCAAAAGUUACUGACCGUUCUUCUAAUGAUUUGAAUGUUGUUUUUAUUGAUUUGAGGACUCAAGAAACCAAAGUAGUGAGAUCAGAAUCUUCUAAUGAAAGUUGGUGGGAAAUCACUCGUAAAACUAUGCACAUCCCAAAAGAUCUAAAAAAGGGGAGAACGCAUAAUGGUUAUGUAGAUUUAAUGCCUGUCAAUGGUUAUAAUCAUUUAGUAUAUUUUUCAUCUCUUAUAGCAACAACUCCUAUUAUUUUGACAAGCGGUCAUUGGGAGGUUAUCUCUGGUCCCAUAGCUUUUGAUAAUAGAUUAGAAAGAAUAUAUUUCCAAGCCACCAAAAAAUCAUCCACAGAAAGACAUAUAUACUAUGUUUCUUUAAAAAAACCAAAUCAAAUCUAUGAAGUAACAGAUACAUCUAAACCUGGAGUUUACGAUAUUACAUUUUCGUCGAACUGUGAGUAUGCACUUUUAACAUAUGAAGGUCCGGAGAUCCCAUUCCAAAAAAUUAUCAGAGUGAAUGUUGAUAAAUCUGAUGAUAAAGUGAUAGGAAAUAAAAUUGGUAAGACAGUCUAUUAUUUGGAGAAAAAUGAAAUAUUAAAGAAUAGACUAAAAUCUUUCAGUAUACCGAAGAAAACUUACAAGGAGCUAAAUCUGGGUAAAGAUAACAAAGGCAAUGAUAUCUUAGUCAAUGCUAUUGAAGUCCUCCCUGAUGGAUUCAACAAAACCUUAAAAAACUAUUACCCUGUAUUCUUCUAUCCAUAUGGUGGUCCCAAUUCCCAACAAGUCAUUCAAAAAUUUUCUAUUGGCUUUAGUGAAGUUAUUUCAUCUCAGUUGAAUGCUAUUGUAGUCAUUGUAGAUGGUCGUGGAACUGGUUGUAAAGGUAUUCAGUUCAGAUCAUUAGUACGUGGAAAUUUAGGUGAAUACGAAGCCAUUGAUCAAAUAAAUGCAGCCACUCUUUAUUCCAAGAGGGAGUAUGUAAACUCUGAUAAGAUAGCAAUAUUUGGCUGGUCAUAUGGUGGAUACCUGACAUUGAAGACUCUAGAGAAGGAUGCAGGGAAAACAUUUAAAUAUGGACUCUCUGUUGCCCCUGUCACAGAUUGGAGAUUUUACGAUUCUGUAUACACAGAACGUUACAUGUAUACCCCACAGGAGAAUCUUGAUGGGUACAAAAAGUCUCGCGUGUUUAAUGUAACUUCUAUCGGACAAGCUAAACGGUUCUUAUUAAUGCAUGGAACUGGAGAUGAUAAUGUUCAUUUCCAACACUCUUUAGUAUUUUUAGACCAACUAAAUCAAGCUAACAUAGAAAACUAUGAUGUACACAUAUUUCCUGAUUCUGAUCAUGCAAUCAAAUACCAUAAUGCAAAUGUCAUUGUCUAUGACAAAUUAUUAGACUGGACUAGGAAUGCUUUUACAGAAAGAUUUUAA